AUGGAGCUGUAUGAGACAUCCCCCUAUUUCUACCAGGAUCCCCACUUCUAUGAUGGGGAAAACUACCUGCCUGUCCACCUCCAGGGUUUCGAGCCCCCAGGCUAUGAGCGGACUGAGCUCAGCUUGAGCCCGGAAGCCCGAGGGCCCCUGGAAGAAAAGGGACUGGGGACCCCUGAGCACUGUCCAGGCCAGUGCCUACCGUGGGCGUGUAAGGUGUGUAAGAGAAAAUCGGUGUCUGUGGACCGGCGGAGGGCAGCCACACUGAGAGAGAAGCGCAGGCUCAAGAAAGUGAAUGAGGCCUUCGAGGCCCUGAAGAGGAGCACCCUGCUCAACCCCAACCAGCGGCUGCCUAAGGUGGAGAUCCUGCGCAGUGCCAUUCAGUACAUUGAGCGCCUACAGGCCUUGCUCAGUUCCCUCAACCAGGAGGAGCGAGAUCUCCGCUACCGAGGCGGGGGCGGGCCCCAGCCGGUGGUGCACAGUGAAUGCAACUCCCACAGCGCCUCCUGCAGUCCAGAGUGGGGCAGUGCACUGGAGUUCGGUCCCAACCCAGGAGAUCAUCUGCUUGCAGCCGACCCUGCAGACGCCCACAACCUGCACUCCCUCACCUCCAUCGUGGACAGCAUCACAGUGGAGGACAUGUCUGUUGCCUUCCCAGACGAAACCAUGCCCAACUGAGUUUGUCUGCCAGGCUGGGUGUCCACGUUUGAGCCCCCAGGAUGGUGUCAACGGCCACCACUUCUGCUGCAGGGGCCUUUCAAGCGAGGCUGUCCUGGUGCCAAGAAAA